GUUUAAGAAGUUUUCUAUUAUGUUUCGUCUUUGUUUAAUAUUAUUUUUAGUUAUUAGUUAUUAAGGUCACUCAUUUACAUUAUAGUGAAUAUAUGCAGAAUUCUCGUUGGUAAACCAUGGCUAAGCAAUUACGAAAACGAAAGGCAGUCAAUUAUAAAGAAACAGAUGACUAUUAUAUAAAUGGAAAGAAAAGUCCACCAGUUGUUGUUAAAUCAGAACCCGACAGUCCAUCCAGGGUAAUACCUGAUGUUUUAUAUGCAGAAGAUGGUUCAGUGUUCUAUCCAUGUAAGAAUUGCUGCAGAGCCUUUUCCAAUAAAGAUGACAUGGAGAAGCAUGAUGAGGUAUGUGCAUCAGGUGGCAGAAGCACACCAAGUCCGUUCUCAAAAAGCCCAGCUUCAAAUAAAGAGAAUGACGAUGAGGGCAAUAACAAUGAACCUCAAAAUACACCAAAGCGCAAAAAGAAGCAGGAGUUAAACAACAACAAGACAAAAAUGAGUGCAAACCGAAAAUCACACAAAUCUGCAGGUGAAGCAACAAAUGUUAUAACAACUGGGUCUGCUUCUGAAAACAUAUAUACAUUGAAUGAAAAUAUGCGGACUUCUGUGUUGAAAAUCAUCAAAGAAGCUCUAAAAAACUCACCAAUGACAUUAGAAUCAGAUGAAAACAAUGCGAUAAUAUUGAAAACUAAACCAACUGAUAAACUACCAUCUAUCAAAAUUACUUCAAAGAAUCUCAAUGCUAAUUGUGUUGAAGUUAAGACUGUUAUGAUGGAUAGAACAGCCAGUGAAGUGAUUCCAGAUGUCAAUGAGAUUGUGGAUAGCAUUUUUAAAACAAACAAAAAUACUUCAAAGAAUAAGACUAGUUUGAUGGAUGAAAUAACUGGUGAACUGAUUGCAGGUGAUUCUUCAAAACGUCACAAUGCUAAUUGUGUUGAAGUUACGACAGUUAAAAUGGAUGAAUCAGCAAGUGAAACGAUUCCAGAUGGUGCUGAAGUUGUGAAUAGUAUUUAUAAAUUAAGAAAAAAAGAACCUUCUUCUAAAAAAAAUACUUCGAAGAGUCUCAAUGCUAAAUGUGUUGAAGUUAAGAAAGCUAAGAAGAAUGGAGCAGAUUGUAAGGUGAUUCCAGAUGUUACCGAGAUUAUGGAUAGCAUUUUUGGAUCUAGCAAAAAUGAGGCAGACUCUGAAGAGGUUAUUGAGCCUGAGACUAAGACAAUUAAAUCAUCCCCAAAGUCGGUAACUCGGACUGUAACAGAAAAUGUUGAAGAACAAGAUAUGGGGGAAAUAGUGAUAGAUGAUGAUGAAGUUGAGGGUACAAUUGUUCUUGAAGAUUUGGAUAUUCAUAUUUGCAAGCAGUGUGGAACUGUAUUCCAUUCAUUGGAUGAUUUGGUUAACCACGAUAAAUAUGAGCAUAGAAAUGUUAAGAAGAAAUAUCCGCCUAACGAAUUGGAGAAGUUCAAUGCUUUGUACAAAGCGGCCGAGGAUAAAAAGUGUCCCAUAUGUUCAAAAGUAAUAGUGUCAAAGCAGGCUUGGCCACGGCAUUUGCAAACUCACAGCGAUGUUCUUAAAUUCCAAUGCAGAAUUUGUAAGAGGAAAUUUACAAGGAAUGAUCACAGGAAAUUGCACGAAAAGCGUCAUAUUGUUAAUACUGAAUUCCUAUAAGCUUUAACAAGUUCUUUUUUCUUCAUUUCUUUUAAAAUAUAUACAUCGUAUUUUCUACUAUUAAGUCUAUAUUUCGAAAUUCUUCCAGAGAACGUUGUAUCUGCAAUAUGUUGAAAUUACUAAGUGCCUCGUUUUAUACAAAUGUGUGUUAUAUUUAUAUUCAUAGGUAACAUGAGAAAAUGAUAUUAAUAUUUUUUAUACGAAAUCAACGUUACUUUUUUCUAAAGUUAGUUGUUAUAA